AUGGCACCUUCAGUAUCCGAGCCGACGGUGAGGGACAUCAACACUGUCUCCAAAUUCCUAUCCUGCUCGGAAAUACCCUCAUUGCAAACGUGUCAACCUGUUGAUGUCCUUGUAUUUUGCGGCAACUCUGUCAUCCCCAUUGCCGACAAUUUCUUUUCAGCCCUGGAAGUCCGACCGGAUCUGGCGCAAACCGUAGUCAUCUGCGGCGGUAUUGGACAUUCGACCCAACUCCUGUACCAAGCAGUUCGACAGAACCAGAAGUAUGCAAGCCUGGCGGACAAGGUCGAUGGUCUCUCCGAGGCGGAUGUUCUUCACCUGAUGCUCGAGCAGUUCUACCCGAAAGUCGUCGAGCACAUCCAAUACGGAGCAUUCAAACUGCUCGUUGAACGCGAAUCAACGAACUGUGGUGCCAACGCAGUCGAGACCAGGCGUAUACUUGAGGAUCAUGCCAUCCCAACACCCACAUCAAUGAUCGUUGUUCAGGAUCCCACCAUGUCGUUGCGAACUUUGGCUUCGUUCAAGAAAACCUAUGAGCACGUAUCACCGUCGCCGGUAUUUCUUGGGUGUCCCACUCUAGUGCCGGUCAUGUCUCUAGAGGGUGGACUGCAUUUUGACCUUCCAGGCUAUCGAGAGUCGGAUCUGUGGGAUCAUCAACGGUUUUUCGAUCUCAUCAUGGGGGAACUUCCACGACUGAGGGACGAUGAGCAGGGUUAUGGACCAAGAGGAAAGGGGUUCAUCGCGCAUGUGGACAUUCCAGACGACGUCGAAAAUGCAUGGACGAGGCUGCGUGACGUGUUGGAGUCCACCCGAUGA